GCCCAUCUCAGGGAGGUUUAGGAGCUGGUGAGUGAGAACCGGCGAUCGGGGCUGGAGUUCAGGCCCAUUCCCUCACUGUCCUUCCAGGUGGAGUACCAUGGGCUAGAGUGAAGGAUGUCACCAAGGUUGAGAAGUGUAGGAUUGAUAGAUCGGGUGGUGUGAAUUAUUUCUUCAUUCUGGGGAUAUUGGACAUCGUUGACAAGGCUGGAUUUCUCCAACUCUUCCUUUGCUGGUCUCUCCCCUCCAUAAACUACAAUCUAUCCAGCACUGCAACUUGUUCCCUCACUUGCACUGGGACUGAAUGCCUAUCCUUCCAGGACUUGGUAGCACUGAAUCCAGAGCCUGCAGGAGUGUAUUGCUGUGAAGAUGUCGCAUCUCGCUAGUGACUGCAUACACUUGGAAUCAGUGGGUGAAGUAACGAAAGACGAACUGAUUGAGAAAUCUCAUGGUACUUGUCAAGACUGUCAAGUUGGAGGGCCAAACCUAUGGGCAUGUUUGGAGAAUGGGUGUUCCUAUGUUGGAUGUGGAGAAUCCCACUCUGACCACAGCACCAUUCACUCCCAGGACACCAAGCACAACCUCACUGUUAACCUUACCACCUUGAGAGUCUGGUGCUAUGCAUGUGGUAAAGAAGUGUUUUUGGAAAGGAAGCUUGGACCUCCACCGACACUGCAGCGUGGGAGAUCACCACAGGCACACGAACACCAGGACUCCCCUCCUUGUGACCAGAUAUUGAAAGCUCCUAUUACUAUAGUGGGACAUGAUCUAGAUGCAGAAUAUGAUGACAUAAAGACAAGAGGUCUCACUGGAUUGAAAAACAUUGGAAACACUUGUUAUUUGAAUGCGGCUCUUCAAGCUCUUUCCAACUGCCCUCCCUUGACUUUAUUUUUCCUUGAAUGUGGAGGCUUGGUGCAAACAGACAAGAAGCCAGCUCUGUCAAAAAGUUACCAGAAGCUGAUGGCAGAGAUAUGGCACAAGAAUCGCCCCAGCUACGUUGUGCCUACAAGUCUGUUCCAGGGAAUUAAAACUGUGAAUCCAAUGUUUCGGGGGUAUUCUCAACAGGAUGCCCAGGAGUUUCUGCGCUGUUUGAUGGAUCAACUUCAUGAGGAGUUGAAGGAACAAGUUAUAGAACAUAUUGAAGAUGGCCUAUGUGCAACCAUGGAAGAGCAAAUGGAAGAAGAAAACCUGUCGGAUAAUGAAUUUCAGUCUUGCGAUUCAUGUGCUGGCAGUGACAAGGUUGAUCCCGACAUCAACUCUAAGAUGUCAACAGAAGACUGCACAGAGGCAGAGAUGCUGGUGCAUGAAGAAGUGAAGAAUCGUGCGUCAGCUAAAGGCUGGCAACGAGAAAGGAAUCUGCUACAUAAGCUUUAUAAGCCCAAUUCAGGAGAUGAUUUGGAUAAAGACAUGGACACUUCGCCAGGUGUUGAUCAAAUGCUAGACAGUGAUGGGACAGUCAAAGUGCAGAUACAAAGCAGGUUGCCAGAAGUUACCUCUGAUGUGUCUAUGCGUAGCCCCUCAAGACCUAGCAGUCCUGUGUUUGAUGAAACUGUGAAUUCAAGGCUGCCCAGCAGUCCGCCCAGAUCCGCUUCAGUGUGGGGAGGUCUUGUUUCCUCACAUAAAAAAGUUGCCUCUUUCACGCCUUUUAAAAAGAGAAAGCAAGUGAAGUACAGGAGCGUUAUCUCUGAUGUCUUUGAUGGCACUAUUGUGAGCUCGGUGCAGUGUUUGACCUGUGACCGGGUGUCUACCACCUUGGAGACCUUUCAGGAUCUCUCUCUGCCAAUCCCGGGUAAAGAAGACCUGGCCAAGCUGCAUUCCUCAAGUCACCAAAUGUCCUUAGUGAAGGCAGGGUCGUGUGGUGAGGCAUACACUCCACAAGGUUGGAUAGCGUAUGUGAUGGAGUACCUUAAAAGUUGGUUCUGGGGUCCUGUGGUAUCUUUGCAGGAUUGUCUGGCUGCCUUUUUUGCUAGAGAUGAACUUAAAGGUGAUAACAUGUACAGCUGUGAGAAGUGUAAAAAAUUGAGAAAUGGAGUGAAAUUCUGCAAAGUGCAAAAGUUGCCAGAGAUUUUGUGCAUUCACUUAAAGAGGUUCAGACAUGAGCUCAUGUUUUCUACCAAAAUCAACAGCCAUGUGUCAUUCCCUUUGGAAGGGCUUGACCUUCAACCUUUCCUCGCUAAAGACAGCUCUUCUCAAAUCACGACUUAUAACCUUUUAUCAGUUAUCUGCCAUCAUGGUACUGCCAGUUGUGGCCAUUAUACAGCUUAUUGUCUAAAUGACCUGAAUGAUCGAUGGUUUGAAUUCGAUGACCAGAGUGUUAUGGAAGUGUCUGAAUCCACUGUGCAGAAUGCAGAAGCUUACGUGCUCUUCUACAGGAAAUGCAGUGAGGAGAUGCAGAAGGAAAGGCAGAGGGUAACUCAUCUGCUGAAUGUGAUGGAACCUAGUCUGCUUCAGUUCUACAUAUCACGCCAGUGGCUGAACAAAUUCAAGACUUUUGCUGAGCCAGGCCCCAUUAGCAACAAUGAGUUCCUUUGUGCUCAUGGAGGUGUCCCCCCUCAGAAGGCCAGUUGCAUAGAUGAUCUUGUACUGAUGUUGCCUCAGAAUGUGUGGGACUAUCUGUACAGCAGGUAUGGAGGUGGACCAGCUGUCAAUCAUCUCUACACCUGCCAAACCUGCCAGAUCGAGAUUGAAAAGGUUGAAAAGAGAAGGAAGAUGGAACUGGAAAUGUUCAUAAGGUUAAACAAAGCUUUCCAGGAAGAAGAAUCGCCUUCUGUUAUCUACUGUAUUAGCAUGCAGUGGUUUAGAGAAUGGGAAGGAUUUGUCAAGGGCAAGGAACACGAACAUCCUGGCCCAAUUGAUAACACCAAGAUAGGUGUUGGCAAGAGCAGCCAUGUGACUUUAAAACAAGGAGCUGAUUCUGGUCAGAUCUCAGAAGAGACCUGGAACUUCCUCUACUCUAUCUAUGGAGGGGGCCCAGAGAUCACCUUGCGGCAGAACGUUGGUCAUCCUGAUACGUCAUGUGUAGAAGAGAAAGUUGAGGUUGAAAUCCGUCCAGUGCAAUAAUGUUAAAGGAAAUGUUAGAAAUUGAAUUAUGCUGGAUUCGAAGCAUUCCAGGGUGUGAUAUAUUUUCUGAAAACAAUUCCUGCGAUGGCAUUAAUGUUUUGUGUUUUAGGGACAAUCACAAAGUUAAACCCCUGUUAUGUAAUAUAGUUUGUAGGUUCCUGGCUUACCAGAUAAGCUGUACUGAAGAGUUGAAAGUGUUUUCUAGUGGUAUGUGAUGUAGCUUUGAUCUGUGAAAGGCCCACACACUGGAAGUGUACUAGUGUGAAACGGGUUGCUUAUAUUAAGUUGACUCAGGAAAGCACUGAUAUCUGUUUGCACUGUACUGUAGACGAAAAAUCAAAGAUUUCAAAGCUCUUGUCCGUGCUACUGUAAGCGGCUAAAGGAAUAUUCUCAGGAGAAUUUGCAAAAAUUGUAAAGUUGAGUCUAAACGUAAUGUGGGGGACAGGCUAACUCCCAAGUAUUGUGUUCAUCUAAAUUACAAGCAACAUAGAAAGCCAUUCAGCCCAUUUCAUUAGUGCCAGCAUGAGGUCUUUGACUCCAGCUACCAUCUAAUCCUCUCUCCUACCUUUUUAUAUUUUUCAAUUGUUUAUCCAAUUCCUUUUUUCAAUGUCUCUGCCUCAGUAACUACUUGUAAUAAAACAUUGCAUGUUCUGUGGA